AAACGCUGUUUAGACUGGGGGAUUUUCCUUCAAAACAUGAAGAUGGAGAACAUCCUUAUCAAAACUGACAUGCUGUAUCAAAUUGGCUCUGAGGAACUUGUGAAAAGUGAGGGCUAUGAAGGUGAAUACAGAGGACGAGUACACCCUGCCGAAUUCUACAUGGAGCACAAAUAUUGUGUGGGCCCAGCAAAGUACAGUUUGGACUCUCGGUAUUCUGUUGUACAAAAUGGUGAACGGACACCAUCCGUUUAUGACUGUAAAGGGCAUUAUGGAAGAUGAGCUGAGGUUUGACGGCAGUUUAUCCAGAGCAUGCUGCGACUUGAUAAGCCAAUGCCUGAUUCGAGAUCCAGCAAACAGAGCAACGCUGGAUGAGAUCCUGCAACAUAAAUGGGUUAAGCAGAAAUUAACAAAGAAGCAAACUCGGUGCAAAAGAAGGAGCAAACUUAGGGCAAAAAAAGAACAUUCAGUGCACAAAAAAGUGCCUCAAAAUUAGUGCAAGCUAAUGAACAAAAAUAGCAGAUUUUUGCACAAAAAAAAGGAGUUAACAUUGUGUGCCCAGUAAAACAUGCACAGUUAUCAUUGCUUGUAUGUUAUUUGUUUUAGAAGACUGUGCUUGUAUAUUGUUGUGACAUAGUUGAAGAUCAGAUCAAAUUUUAUAACCAAUUCAUACAGAAAUCCAGGUGAAGCCAAGGAUUUACUUUUGACUUAAGCUCAUGACCCAGUGUAGAACCUGUCUACAAAAAUUAAGUCAAAUUAGUUUUUACAGUUCUUCUUGAUCACUAAGACUUCACAAUCUGAAAACUAUGCACUAUG